CAGCAGUGGAAUGACAACACCAAUAGUCACGGCCCUUUUCCCAUUCAAGCUCCCAACAAAACACCGACAAAAGAAGACGCUAACUGCCGUUGGACUUCAGGGACUGUGUUUUAGGAAUAGAUUCUUUAUGUGCCACUGGGAGAGGCAGCAGCAUCAUGGCAGAUGACAAGGACGUGUUGAGAGACGUUUGGUUCGGCCGGAUCCCCACCUGCUUCACUCUGAACCAGGAUGAGGUUACUGAGAGAGAGGCCGAGCCUUACUAUCUGCUGCUACCCAGGGUGAGCUACCUGACCCUGGUAACAGAUAAAGUGAAGAAACACUUCCACAAAGUGAUGAAAGCUGAAGAUGUGGAGGAGAUGUGGUUUGAGUAUGAAGGGACUCCCCUCAAAUGGCACUAUCCUAUUGGAGUUCUGUUUGACCUCCAUGCCUCUAACACUGUCUUACCCUGGAGCAUCACUGUGCACUUUAAGAAUUUUCCAGACCGUGACCUGCUCCACUGCCCGUCCAACUCUGUGAUCGAGGCUCACUUCAUGUCCAGCAUCAAGGAGGCCGACGCCCUCAAGCACAAGAGCCAAGUCGUCAACGACAUGCAGAAGAAAGACCACAAGCAGCUGUGGAUGGGCCUGCAGAACGAUAAGUUUGACCAGUUUUGGGCCAUGAACAGGAAGCUGAUGGAAUAUUCCACUGAAGAGGGUGGCUUCAGAUACAUCCCCUUUAGGAUAUACCAGACAACGAGCGACAGGCCGUUCAUCCAGAAACUUUUUCGGCCCUUUUCCUCUGAAGGAAACAUGCACACCCUUGGAGAUCUUCUUAAAGAGAUGUACCCCACAGCUUUACCAAAUGAAGGUGAGCAGAAGCGUUUCCAGGUAGUAAUCCACGGUAUCGAACCUCUCCUGGAGACUCCCCUGCAGUGGCUCAGCGAACACCUCAGCCACCCUGACAACUUCCUGCACAUCUGCAUCAUCCCAGCCCCCACCGACUGAGGCCACGCCUCCUUUCCUCACUCCACCUCACUGUCACAGUGACAGCCGACCAAUGAACCGGCGGAUGAGCCAUCCACCUGGGACACUCCUGAAACGGUAGCGCUUACAAAGGAAACAAACAGACUCUUAAAUGAGAGGGAGCUCAGAAUCUUGUGGAUUAAGGUGAACAGAGGAUGUGAAGAAGAUAUAAACACACUGUCUAUUCAUCUGUUUGUAUCUCUACUCCUCCUCCUCACAGGACUACUACUCCUCUUUUCCUCCCCUGCUCUUGUAAGAAAAGACGUUUCUUCAGGUGUAGAGGUCGUGAAAGGUGCAGAGGAUCUCUCCUUUCCUACUCUGCUGUCUUACAUCCUCCUUCUCCUCGUCUCAAAACAAACACAUCCAAGGGAAGAGAGGAGAAGGAUGGAUCCCUUGAUUUUCCAUCCUGCCAUACGUCCUCCUGCAGCUCGAGUCAAAGACAGAGACUGUCCUGUGGACAGGGAGUCAGUGUUCUGGGGAUUCUGGUUGACGUGUAUCCAGUCCUGCUGAAGUUGCCUUAGUUAACACGUUCAUACGUUUUCAUUGUCAUCCUGUCUGUGCAUGAACGUUUGACACACAAUGAGUUUACAUCACAGCCUGCAAAACUGUCAUUACUAAAAACUAUACAAGAA